UGGUGUGAGAAUCUUAACUUUAAAAAUAAAUGUAUAUUUGUUUGAAAUUUACAGUGGUAGAAACACUUAUUAAAGACUCUUUAUUAGCAUGUGUUAAGGGGGGUUUCUUGUUUUCUAAAUAACAUUUCAAUAUUUUUAAUUAUGAUAAACCAUGUAACACAGACUCAUGAAUUUUUGGGGCAGUGGAAAUUAUUUCCUUUGACUCUUUUUUCUGCAUAUCAUCAAUUUGCUUUUUACUCAUGUUUCUUCUACUGUCGCUGUAAGCUUACUUGUUGUUUUUUCUUUCCUUUUCUUCAUGCUGUCGUUUAGAGCCCUACAGAGAGACAAGUAUGGGAGUAAAGCUAAACAUUGCAUAUCAAAUAGGGGCUUCUGAACAAUGCCAGGGAUACAAGUGUCAUGGAUACUCUACCACUGAAUGGUAACCAUGGCAACAGUUACAGCAUUGCCAGCGGCCAGUACCUGAGCAACUGUGUGCAAAUCAUAGACCGCGGCUACACCCAGAACGAGACCGCCCUAGAGAAAAAGAUUCUGAAGGAACUCACUUCCAACUAUAUCCCGUCCUACCUGAACAACCAAGAGCGCUCCAGCGAGCAGAACAGGAAUCUGAUGAACAAGCUGGUGAAUAACCUUGGCAGCGGGAGUGAGGAGGACGCCAUUGUCCUGGACGAUGCCAGCUCCUUUAACCAUGAGGAAAGCCUGGGCCUGGAACUCAUCCACGAGGAAUCCGAUGCUCCUUUGCUGCCACCGAGAGUGUACUCUGCGGAGAACCACCAGCCUCACCAUUACUCCAGAAGGCGGAUCCCCCAGGACCACAGCGAGAGCUUUUUCCCUCUGCUCACCAACGAGCACACGGAAGAGCUGCAGUCGCCGCGCAGGGACUCCCUGUACACCAGCAUGCCGGCCCUGGCCGGCGUGCCCGCCGCGGAGAGCGCCACCACCAGCACCCAGACCGACCCCGCCCCGGCCAAGGGCGGCGAUGCCGACGACGUCUACUACAAAAGCAUGCCCAACCUAGGCUCCAGAAGCCACGUCCAUCAGCUCCACACCUACUACCAGCUGGGGCGCGGCAGCAGCGACGGGAUCAUAGUCCCCCCGCACAGGGACGGGAGCCCCCCGGACGGAGGCCCGCAGGGACCCGCGCAUCUGAUCACCAGCCUCUAGGCGGUGAUAGGGCCCCGGGCCGGCGGUGCGAGCGCCGCGGGACUGCACCGCGGGUGUGAGCGGUGGUACUCGUGUGUGCUCCCAAACCUUUACGCUGUCCUUGAAAGGCAAAUGCGAACUCUCAGACUUUUUUUUUUUAACUGAGAUUUUUAGGUCAGUCCAGGGGAGAAAGAUACCUGCUGACGUUCCCUUGUGCCCCAUCCUUCCCGUCCUUCCCCGUCAGAUGGAGACUUCAUUAUGUUAAUGAACGAGAUAAGAAGAAAAUGGCGGUCAUUGUGGCCUUGUUUGAAUUAUGUUGUGUUUGUUCUAACAUCUCUGAUGCUCUGUUACUAUAAUUACAAGGACCUGAUUUUUAAAAGGCCAGAACAGUUGUUUGAAAUGAGUAACAAUGCUGCAUCUAGAUUGGAGUGCUGCACAAACAUAAAAACAAAGCAAAACUGUAUCACAUAGUGGUUUUUAGUCACUCGACCUGAAUUCACCACAGUGGGAAUAGCUGUGGAAUACAAAAUAAAACAACAAAAUUAAUGAAAUGGAAGGGAAUUCUAUAAUUAUAUGCUAAAUGCAUAUUUUAUGAUUUGCUGUAUUAAUUGAUGAUAAAACUAAUGGCAGAAAAAAAAAUCGGACGAUUUCUAUGUAAUGUACAGAUACUAGCAUUGCACAUAUAGUCGGCUUUCUGUUCCUCCAGAAUUUGAGUCCUGUUAAUGUAGUGGAAAAAAAGAGAAAUUUUCUUUUUCUUUCGUGCUGGUCUUGCAAGUUUGUCUACCAGUAAGAGAGUAAAGUUUCCUUCCAUCCUUCUUUCUCUAUUUUCUUUUCUAUUUUUUUUUUUUUUGCCUUCUUUAAAAUUUCACCUGGCAAAAAAUAAGUAAAUAAAUAAAUGGAACUAUCACUUUAUAAGAAUCAUUUUCUAGUAAUACAAACAAAUUAUUUUUUACAAAAAAAAUAAAAUAAAUAAAAUUAGACUUCCUUCCCUCACUAUAUAUCUUUAUUCAGUCAGAAUAUUUCCAAGAGCAUUUUUGCAAAUUAGAGCAGGACGAAUUUUUAUGUUUACAGUGCACAUGUUUUAAUGCAAAGCAUAUUUGGCAAGCAGUUCAUCACUGAGACAGUAGCUAUGAUUCUAGAAAUCAAGAGGUGUCAGUAGAACUAGUGUGGGCUUCUGCAUGUGAAAAAAAAACGGUAUCCCAUAGGUGUUAAAGUGCUGAAUGCUGGGUCUGAUCCCCAAGUGGGCACCUGCACUACCAAUUUUUAAAGGAAAUUCACACCCUCAUAGUAAGAAUCAAAAGGUCAAGUUAUUUUGAAGUGAUUAAAAUAACAAAAACUCUUCUGUUCAUUAACAGGAAAAUUUAUUUAUUUGACAGGAUUUAAAGUAAUGUAGGAAUUCAAGAGGUAAAUUAGCAGCACAUAUAAUUUUUUUUAAAUUUAUGAUCCAUUUUGUAUGGUCUCAAAGUUGGAUGACCUCAUUACUAAUAUUUGUUGUAAAAGUGAAACUUGUUUGCCAACCAAUAAACAACUGAUUGAGAUUUAGAAGAUACUGUAUUGAUGUAUGUACUAUAUGAUUAAUUAUUCUUUUCAUUACGCUUGCCUUUCCUUCUGUUUUCAAUAUACAAACUUGCUAAUCCUUUAUGGCCCAAAUGAGCCAUGCAAAAGAAAUCAAUCUGCCUAGAUGGAUAACCUAAGCACAAAAUUAUACAGGUUUUGCAGACAAACCAGAAAAAUGAGUUGGGCUUGUUUAUUUUGGAUGAAAUAAGAGACAUAACUUACUUUCAAGUAGGUUAAUAUACAGGUUAUUAUGUCCUUAUUUAUAAACCAACUAGUCACUAUGCAUAAAGGCCAGCUUCAAUCAGAUAUUUAAGUACUGAAUUGGGGCAGGGGAUGGAUCACAUUUUUCCCUCUUUGUAAGUUCCAUUUUAAUGUUAGAAAUUUAAAUUCACUCAAUUGAGUUAAAGCUGUAAGAAUAAUGGCAAAGAGAAUGUCCAUUUUUAAAAAUAUAAUAAGAUAUUUUUGUGCUAAUUUUUUCUUUUUGUUUAUAUGGAAAAAAGUCCCUUUAAAGAAACUUUCCAGAUCUCCAAUUACUGAAGAACCAUUACCAGUAAUGUCCAAGCAUGGAGCCCGUCGGAAGGCAAAGCUAGACUGAAUUUGUCAAAUUACAAUUUCUCUUUUUGUAAUAUGUGAUAUCUUGGUGGGUUUUUUUUCCUUUUUAUGUUUUUUUCCAGAAACCCAACCACCCACCUAAAAAUUAACAUUUUAAGAUGAGAGUUUAGAGAGUAGUCACUAUCUAUAUAUAGUUUUAAAAUACAUGACAAAAGAAAAAUUCUGUGCUGUGCCAGAGUACAUCCUAUCCUUAAUAUCACCUCAGCAUCAUUCCUUUUUAGUGAGUAGACAUGAGUAUUUUUUAAGCCUCCAGAUUUUCUUGAAGUUGCGUGAGAACCACGAGCUUUAAUGGUGGCUGGGUUUCAUCACGCCACACCUUGGCAAUGUUAGCAACUGCAGGUGGUUAGCCUGUCCCAUAGAAUAUAUUUAGUAAUGAAGGAAUCCUUUUUAGACAUGUUUAAGGUAACUUCAGAAACGUGAAUGUGGUCCAUGGAUUAUGAGCACUUGUUUUGCCCAUCCAACAGUCAUCUAUGUGAAAGCAACUCCAUCAAUAAGAAGCUAGUUUCACAGAACAAAGGGGAAACUACCUCAAUUCAGCUUGUUGAUGCUGCCCGUUCUGAGUUUCUGAUAAUGCUACCUCCUUGCCCAUUAUCUUUUGUGUUUCAUUAUAUGGAAAUAUGAAGCAGGUAGCCUCCUCUGCUCUACAUAGGCCAUUUGAAUAAAAUCACUUGAACACAUAAACUGGUGCAAAAGGCCAUUCAGUACUGUCACUUAAUACCAAGCUCUUGCAUCAAGAUGAAAGGGUGAGAAUUUUGAACUCACAUGCAUCAUAACUGGUGUGCUUUCAAAGAGACUUAAGAUCCCAAAGACUUUCCCAGGAAGAGAUUGUUUUACCAAGUUUUAUGUGAUUAUAAUUAAAACAAAACAGUAAAGGAGAUAAUUAUGUAUACAUUUCAAUAGCAAUUUGUGUAUGUUUAACAUGUAUUCAUUUAGUCCUCUUCACACUAGCAAGGAUUGAAUUCAUAAACUUGAAUCUUUUUCUUUAACAUGCAUUUUCACGUGCAGCUGUUGAUAAAUUAAUAAUUUUUAAAACAUUGUUUUUUACCACUUUUGCUUGACUCUAUAUUUUUAAUACCCUGCGACAUCCAUGAACUAUAAAUCUGCAUAUUUCUGAUGUGUUUAUCUGAUUUUCCAUUUAGUAAAUUUCCAUCAGGCAUUAUGCCAAUGAAACAAACCAGUUAUUAUUUCCUAGUAACUGAUAUUUUUAUAACAUUUUACACUUGAAGGUUUUUUUUUCUAGUUGAGGUUUGUUCACAUGAUGCUUGAUCAGGACACUAACAGACCUCAUGUUUAGUUGAUUCAGAAAUUGUUGGAUUUUGCACAGCCCAUAAGAAUAAUUAUGGAAAAAUCUAGAUCUUGUGGAGGAGAAUUAGGUUGGAAAUACACUUAAGUUUUUUGAGCAUCCCUUUUUGUUCCCACUGUAUUAAAAUUAAAAAUUCUCUAGUUGAAUAACAAAUUGCUAUGCUAGAAAUCAUGACAUAAAACAAUUGGCAUGAGAAAAAUUACCUUGAAGUAAAAAUAAUCAGGAAAAUAUAUUAAUCAAAUGAAGGUAAUGGAAAUACCCUUAACUUACUGUAAAAUGAAUUCAGUUACUCUAAAUUAAAGUGUAGUUUAUUAUCUGUAUUUUUAAAGCCCCCAUUAAUCAAAAAUGUUAACAUAGUGAAGAAAGAUCUUUAAAUCUUAGUGUUUUUUUUCAUCUUUUAAUAUUAACUUAGCUGGUGUGGUAUAUGUUUACAUGAUACUGGAGAUAAGCAUGUAAGUGAAUUAGUAAUAUUUAUACAGAACCCAUAGACUUAACUUUAGGCAAUACUUUCAGCUUUCUUGCCUCACAUGUUGAAAUCCAAUGACUGGUUUGCUUACUUUAAAAAAUGACAGUAAAAAUUUUAAAGACUGACUUUCUACAUUAUUGUAGAGGCCAAAAGAAUGAGAAAAAAGUAGUUUCUGGAUUGUCUAAAGAUCAACCAUAAACUAAUCAACAAUCACCUACUAAUUAAAGAAUCUUUUUUACAGCUGCCUAUCAGGGCUCUAUCAAAGUGCUACUCCUUGGGAGAUUUUUGGAGAAAACAAAACAAAACUAGAGAAUUACUAUUCAUGUCAAUUCAAAUUGAGAGAGAAAAAAAAUAAACUCUAACUUGCUUUUGAGCAAUUCUGAAAAUACUAACAAUGUCCUUUCUUCUCUAACAGAAAUAUUUGAAAUAAAUAAUAUAUAAAAUCUUCCCAGUCUAUUGUAGUACCAAGUUAUUAAGAUUUAAUUAGUUCAUGUGUAGUAAUUCAUAAUUUUAACUCACCACAUAGGUAAUUACUAUGCAUUUCUAAUAUGUUAAAUAUAUCUUAUGUCAAAUUUCUGCACCUCACUGAAUUAGGUGGAAACAUGGGAGCACAAGAGUGAAACAGCAACAUUGCAAAAUGGCUUAUGGAAGCAUUUUUGUGCAAAUCAGUGCUACAUGAGAUGCUUCUUUGAACACAUAAAAUAGAGUUGAUGGAUCCCAACCUUAAAUAAAAGUUUGUAAUCAAUAAAUAUGUCCUUCUUAGAGCAUCUGAAAAAUAUUGCUAGAUAUCUAAAUUUUCAUUUCAAAACUAGUAGAAAUUAAAAAGUGUUCAUAGAUGCUUCUUUCCUGCUUAGGCCAUAAAAGGAAACUUUCCUAUUUACUAAUUCACAUGAUUAUUUCCUCUUUGUUUUAAAUGGGAAAUCAAUCUUUAACUUUCACCUGUACACAUACAUACAUAUUCUGAUUCUUUUUAUUUACAGCUUGCAGAGAAAAGAGCUUGUUUACAACAUUGUACAUUUUGUAAUUUUUGCAAUAAAACAGGUAGUUUUUAUGGUUUUUCCUACUCACUUGCAAUAAAGUUAUUGCUUUAACCUCUUUAACAAAAAAUUAAAAGCACUUCUUUAACAUUUAGGAUCUUAAAAUUAUUAUUAAAAUGUCUUGAUUUCAUCUAUGUUUUGAUGUUUCUUUCUCUCUCUUAGUAUGUUACUCAAAUAUUCCCAUUUAAUGUGUAUCCCAUUAGAGUAUUCCAAAAGUAAAUGCAAUGUUUUAAAAAGGCAUGUGAAAAGAGAACUUUGAUUUAUACGGUAAGGAAGACAAUAUAAGGAAAAAAAACCUCGAAUGGGACAGGUCUUUUCCAUCACAAUGUGAAAAGAAGAAGAGCAGAACCUAGUUGGCAAAUUCAUGGUGAGGUAGCAAGACAUGAAUUAGAGCUACAUAGAAAAAAAUGUUCCAAGGGAAAAAAAAAAUUAUUUAGAAUGAUAAAAAUCUUAAACAGUGUACCAAGUGCUGUUGAUAUGUUAGUAAAAAUAUUGGAAUUUACCAUAUUAUAAUUCUAUCCUGAUGAUUCCAUAGGAAACACUAAACCCCUUUAACACUGUUUAGAUAUCUCUUGUCCAGCUACAUCUUGUCUCAAGGAAACAAGAAUAUUUAGUAAAUGUUCCUUAAAUAUAAAUAUUUUUGCCUCAAUUCACUUUCACACUAAUCUGCUUACUCUAUUGUAUGCCAACAGUUAAUGCUAUUAGUAGCUUUGUACCAUUAGAGCUUUAUUAUGAAUCUUUCUAAUAAACAUUAAAUUAAUAUUAAAUUGGAAUUAUGUACAUUGUGCAAAAUAAUUCAUAACCAGGCAAUAUUCACAUUACAGGAUAAUUCAUUAUAUAUAUGAAUAUUACAUUAACACUGAGCAAAUAAUUACACUGUUGAAAAUAUUACUCUCAAGUCCCCCUCUCUUCACUUUUUAUGGUCAAUUCAUAAAAUCUGCAGACAGUUGUACACAUGAUGCAUUAUCAAAGUACUCCAUAAUCCAAGUGUGCCUAAAAGUAUUCCCAAGGCUUCUUUCAUUCUAGAAUGCUAAUGAAAAGAGCUUGAAAGGAGAGAAAAGUAAAGCCAAUUUUUAACAAUCUAAUUUAGAUCAACAUUUUCAUUCAGAAUGAAUAAUUUUAAAAUGAGAAUUUUCCACUCUGUGAUGUAAGGUGAAAAUUAUUAAAGAUUUACAGUAGGUCCAAUAUCAGAGGAUUUUAAAUUUUAAAAGAGUGAAUUUUGUCUCAACGGCACAACACUACAUUGACUAGGAAAUAUGUUUAAGAUCCAUACCUAAAGUAGCUUUUUAAAAAUUAUAAGUCCCUCUUAUUCUUUUGAAGGUGAAACUGACAAAAUGAUCCUGGCUUCAAAAUGAAAUGUGUCGUUUGACUUCAAAAAAAUGUUUGGCAAAAUUCAUGACUUCAUCAACUCUUUAAUGGCAUUCAAGAUACAGAGACUAGAGCAGUGUCGUCUUAUGCUGACCACUGACUAGUCCUCUAAAACACUUUUUAAUGCUUUGAAUUUCAAGUUGUCACAAUGUCUUAUGUUUUGAAUGACAUUGUGCAUCAAGAAAGAUGGGGAAAAAAUAUUUAAAACUGGUUUUCAUGCCUCAUUGGAGAAUAGAGAUUUCCUUUACCAUCCUAAGUUAUAAUAGAUGAUGUCUUGAAAGAGCUGUGGACAAUCAAAAUGUGUUAAUUUAUAAAUAACUCUUCUUUGUAAAGUCUAUCGCUGAACUUUAAAAUCAAAAAUGGUAGAAAGUGUCUGCUUGGUUUCCCUUCAUUUGGCUUCUGUGAAUGCACUGGAAAGUAGAAGGAGAAUUUGGAGAAUUUUUUCCACUCUUUUCCCAGUGACCAAACAUUAAAUCUAAUUCAAGAUAUAUCUUUUUUUUAAAUGAUAGUUUAUUUUUUAAAGUAACAACUAAUUAAGCUAUUUCCUGUUGAUUUAAAAAAAUCACAUUUUAAGAACAAGAUACAGCUAUUGAAGGCUUUGGUCUCUUAACAUUCUCAUAUAUUUACACAUGGCAUUAAUCUAUCAUCUACAACUACAAGAUUUCAAUCUAUUGGAUUUUUUUUCCCUUGUACAAUCUUUCCAAUUUUUUUUAAUGCUCUGUACAAUCACAUGUAAAAUCAUGAGCUACAAACCUCAAUAAAAAAUGUCGGUAAACAAUAAGUGAUGCAGUCAUAGUUAUUAUAUGGUAGUACCAGAACUUUGGUUUUGGAACAGUGUUUUAAAUGACAGGAUAAUAAUUGAAUCAUCAACUCCUAAUAUAUGUCCUUACUAUCCCCAUACCCUGCCUCCCUACCCAUCACACACUGAAAAUAAAAUCUUUUUUUUCUGUUAUCUUUUCAGAGAACUGUUGCUAGCCAAAAUGUUUGUAAGGCUUCUUAUUAUUUCCAGAAAGACAGGAAAUUAAAUUUUGUCCUUUAAGUUUGCCAAUGAUGAGACAUAGUGAAACAGUCUUACAACUGCCACCUAGUAUCAUUUGUCCUCAUCUCAAACUGAGGAGUAGGACAGUCACCAAUGAACCACUGGUCCAAAAGAGAGUUUGGAGCUCUGUGCUAUGGCAUACCAUUCUUCUUUUGAAUAAAGGGCACAUUAAAUACAUGUUGUGGAACACAAAGAUGUUAUAUGAUCACAAUUCUGUAGUGUUGGGAUUCUAAUUAGUUUUCUAACUCUUAGUAUCAGCAAAAUGAACAAAAAUAUCAGGCAGAGAAAACUUGUUCAGAUGCCUCUCCUUUAUAAUAUCAAAAAUACAGUUUCAUAAGAAAUAUUCUGAAUAGAAAACAGAAAUCAGCAGCUCCUGAAUGCCUACUAUGUGCCUGGCAGUUUACAUUGACUCAUUUGAUCUUCCCAAUAAUAUGGUGAAAUGAAUUUUUUCGUAUUUACUUCACAGGUGAAAUUUAAAUUUAGACAGUCAUAGAGCUAGUGAAUUUUGAACCCAAAUCUCUUAGUGUAAAGUCCAUUUUAUUUUUCAACCAUGUUAUACUGCAUCAACUAAAUUAGUUAAGAAGGAAUUAAACAAUCGCUUUUCAUUUAAAAAAAGAGAGUACAAACAUUCAAGUAACAUUGGAAGAACAUGGAGCCAGUUUUCAAGCAGCUCCAAGAUUUUGUAAACUCCAUUUUACUGGGCAGUUACAAGACACAGUUACAAGAGGUGUCACUGAUUCUAUACCGUCGACCACAUUACUUUUCUAAGAAUGGGUUUCUCAUCUCUAAAUUAAAUACAAUAUCUGUCUUGUAUGUGAUAUGUAAUGUAUUUGGCACAACAAAACAUCAGCCAGAAAAUUAAAGAUUCCAAGUUGGUACUGAAU